AUGUCUCUGAUGAUGGGCUCGAGUGAGAACCCGAAACGUCAGGCCAAUAAACUUCUUGUCCCAGUGAUCGCAUCUUCAUCUUCUGAACUGCUACCUGGGACUCGCCUGUUCGCUUCUAUCAGCAAUCUUUUUGGGCGCGAAGCGCUCCGAUCGGCUCGACGGUGGGAAACCUUUGCCCUUCGAGAGUCGUCAACAUAUGCGCAGAUUCGAUUUCUGCACAGGUGUCUCGACAACAAUGUGCUGCCGAAGUGCGUUUCAUACAAACCUCCGGUCAACACAGAGCUGGCGAGACGCGCAGUACUUCAGCACGGCCGACGAAUGAUCCGAGUGCUCCUUCAAGACUGUCACUCACGGAUUCGCAAAUACCGUCAGAGGAUUGACCAAGAGAAGGCAAGGUGCUGCGAGUUCAUGGGCGAGGACGGCAUAAAACUGCUUCAGCAGAGGCUGGCCGAACGAACCCGCGAACAUAAAGCAACGCGAGAAGCAGCCCUAGAGAGCAAAUUUCGUAAGCUGCCUGCUCCAAUGUCAUCCAAGAACGACAAACUGGUGCACAACUUGUCGUCAAAGGAGCUGACGGAGGAACAAAUGCAGGUUUUACGGCAUGAGGCCUCAUUCAACACAGCCGAUGCCAAACCUGCCAACAUGAUCGCAGCAGUGGAAUCAAUCCUCAGCCAGACGGGAGCGACAGACGAAACGAAGAACCUCAUUCGACACCAAGUGUCCUCCCUCCUCAUGGCUCAUAGGCCGCGCGAUGUGCUUUCCAAGGUCGAGCGUGAUGCACUUAAAGAACUCAGGGCCGACAACGACCUCGUUAUCGUGCCUGCGGACAAGGGGCGUUCAACGGUCGUAUUGGACAGGACAGACUACAAUCAAAAAGCCAAAAGCUUGUUGGAUGAUCGUCAGUCCUAUGUGCCAUGCGAAUCCAACCCCAUGAAAACGCUGACACGCGAGAUUAACGCGACGCUGUUGGCAAUGGAGAACUCAGGUGCAAUAUCGCCAAUCGACCGACGCAUGGCGAGAGCACAAGAAACGGCCCUAGCCCGAUUCUACGGUCUCCCAAAAGUGCACAAAGAGGGCGCUCCUCUCCGGCCUAUCGUGUCACUAAAGGGCACUCCAACCUACGGACUGGCAAAGUGGCUGUUCCAACGUCUCAAGUUUCUGACCUCCGAUUCGAACACCACAGUCAGCUCGUCAACGCAAUUCUUGGAGAAACUUAAAGGAGUAAGUCUCCUGCCAAGCGAUAUCAUGGUUUCCUUUGAUGUCACGUCCCUUUUUACUUCUAUCCCGCAGGACCUGGCAGUCGAGACAAUCGAACUACUCCUACGAGAGAAGUACGACGAAACGGAGAAUCGCCUCGGACACGCCCAAAUCAUCCAGCUCCUGAAGUUCUGUCUCAAGACGUACUUUACAUUCGACGGAACAAUCUACGAGCAGGUGAAGGGAACGCCAAUGGGUUCGCCGAUUUCGGGACUCAUAGCCGAGGCGGUCCUUCAACGGCUGGAGUCGCUGGUUUUCCGACACCACAGACCGAAAUUCUGGACUCGGUAUGUGGAUGACACCUUCGUCGUCAUCGAACGGGAUCAGGUGCUGACAUUCAAAGAAUAA